AUCUUCAAUUCAAAAAACUGCCCGGCUGCUUCUACUAUUUCCGAGUCCUCCGAGUCUUCUAAUCGUCUUCAAGUAAGUCUCUUUCAUUCCUCUUCUGAGUCAUGUCAGACCGUGAGGAUAGCCAGAACCUCUCCGUUCACUCUUAUGGUUCUGGCGGCCGGUCUCCCACCUUUGGUUCCUCCUCUUCUUCUUCAUCCUCUGACUCUGAGCACCCGGCUACUUCUCCACAGAAGAAGCCGGUUGAUGCUUCCACUUGCGCUCCCUCUUCUUCCGCGGCGCAAGUGGUCUCGGUUGCCCAGUCCGGGGACGAGGGCUUUAUUCAGCUAGACGACCGGUUGCUCCAAGAGCAACCGUCGUAUAUGCAGAAGCCCCAAGUCCACGAACUGCGUAAUCUGAUGCCCGAUGGGUAUCAAUUGACCUACCGGGCAAUGUGGAAGAGUAUUAUACCUCUCCACGCCGGCACGUCGAUUGGUAUCCAUUACCAUUCGAUCAAGGACUUGGGUGAGUUCUCUAUUCACCCAUUCAAAGUCCUUUUCCUUGAGACCUACGGGAUCAUGCCCGGGCAGCUGGCCCCUAAUGGUCACCGUUUGUUAGGGAGCUUCAUCAAUGUCUGUCGGUUUCUUCGUAUCCCCCUCUCUCUUCGUCUCUUCGACUAUAUGUUCGAUGUUCGGCCCAGGUCCAAGGAAACCCUUGGAUUCGUGGUGGUGUCUUCCCACCAAGGCCGGGCAUUCCUUUGUGGCCUUCCACCCUCUAACAAGAAGUGGAAGGACAAAUAUGUCUGUGUCAAAUUCCCCCCGGUUGCCUUUCCUUUUGCCCAAAACGUCUGGGGGAAAAGAAUGAAGCGCCAGGUCAAACCAGCGGAGGCCGAUGACCUGGUUGCUUGGGAAGCCACUCUCCGGGCCGAGGACGCCUCCACCCGCGGUCUGUACCACGUCGGGAAAUGGAGCGUCUACCCCGGCCGGGAGACCGACCCCGAACCGGAGAUUGUUCUGCCCGGGGUGAUCCCCGAAGCCAUCCCCAUCCGUCAGGCGAGGGGAUCCAAAGCCCCGGCCACUACCAAUGCCGGUCCUUCACGCCCGGCGAAGAAGAAGAAGGAGAAAGACACCUUCGAGUUCGACAACUUGAUGGGGGAGACCGGCCAUACUUCCCAGGCCGGCCAGCAGGUUCAGCCCAAUGAGGAAGGAGAACCCGAGGAAGAGACAGCUGGGGAGUCUCUUCAACGGAAGAGGCGGAAGACUGAGGAAGUCAACCAGCCUUCCCAUCAGGGGCCCAGUCCUCCGACGCUGGCAAGGGGCCAAUCGUGCCUCGUCGGCCGGAUCGGGGAGGAGUACUUCGCCCGACUGGUGAAGUCAAUGGAUGAGGAGAAGGCCCGGAUGGAGGCCAUGAUGGUCGAAUGCCGGAAGGAAGCCCAGGCUGCCCGGGUCAAGGCAGAGAAGAUCGAGGCCAAAUGCACAGAGCACUGUCUGGUCUACCGCGAGCUCUACGCCAAGCACGAUGGUCUUCUCAAGGCCGCAAAAGAGGCCGAUGCGCAGGCUCAGGCUAAGAUCCAACAGCUGGAGGCCGAAAACACCCGGGCUAUCGAGGAGAACCAAAGGCUAGGGGAUGAGAAUGCCCGGUCUGCUGAGGAGAUCGCUCGGCUGGGGGAUGAGCUGGCAAAAGAGCAAUCGGAGCGUGCCGCCGUUGCCGCAGCCUGGGCUACCCAAGCGCCUGAGGAGUUUGCCGCCAAGGCGUUACCUGACCGGGAGACGGCCAUCCGCUUCUUCCAAGGCUUGUACAAGUACGAGGUCUCGGCCGGGAUUGUCAAUGAGAUCGGGACCUACGGCUUUGAAAGCGGCCAGUACUCGGAGCGGAAGGCCCUCUACGGCAUCCUUCAGCAGAGGAUCCAAGGUUUUCAGCCGAAGGCUCUUUCUCUGCCCGAGCUGCAUAGCGAGGCGCCUGAACCUCCCUUCCCGGGCAUUUGAUCCGUCCGGCCUUCCUUUCUCAUCUGAUUUUCUCUCUUUUCUUUUUUUUAUGAUGUAAUGAUCUGCCUCCGGGCACUUUUAUAAGACAUUGAAUUAUUAAUGAAAAUAUGUUUUAUGUUAUGUGCUGAGUGCUUUUUCCAUACCUCACUAAUUCUUUUAACUUAGAUUCUUUAACCGUUUAGAUUAGUAAAUAACAGCCCGGCUG